AUGGACGCCACGUAUGAGGCCCUGGCCGACCGCGUCCGCCAACAGUGGACAGCAGCCAAGGCGCGCGGCCAGCGCAGGCUCAUCAUCGCCGUCUCCGGGCCGCCCGGGUCAGGCAAAACCACCAUCGCCCGGCACGUCGUCGAUCUCGUCAAGCGCUCACCGACGGGGCCCUCCAUCGUCGCCAUCUCAGCCGACGGCUUUCACCUACCUCUCUCCACACUGCGCGCGCUGCCCAAUGCGACCGAGGCCUUGGCCCGCAGAGGCGCCCCGUGGACGUUUGACGGCGCCGCCGCCGCGGACCUGGUGAUCCGGCUCCGGGACCGAGCCGGCCGGGGUGUCGUCUCCGCGCCAACAUUCGACCACGCCGUCAAGGAUCCGGUAGAAGGGGGAUUAAGCGUGGCUUCUGACGUCGAGGUGUGCAUAUUUGAAGGGAAUUAUUUACUGUGCGACGAGGGCCCCUGGAGCAGGAUUGCCGACGAAGUGGACGACCGGUGGCUGGUCCGGGUGGACGCCGAGCUGGCUCGUCAGAGGGUCGCGGCUCGACACCUGAAGGCGGGGAUUGAGAACACAAUGGCUGACGCGCUGAAGCGGGCGCAGGAGAACGACAUGGUGAAUGGGGAAUAUGUGAUGAAGCAUAGCUUUGGGAGAUAUGACGUCUUGGUGGAGAGCAUAGAGGAGCAUAAUGGCAAGCCCUGA